CGGAGUCUCGCUCUGUUGCCCAGGCUGCAGUGUAGUGGUGCGAUCUCUGGCUCACUACAGCCUCCACCUCCCGGGCUCAAGUGAAUCUUCCUCCUCAGCCUCCCGAGUAGCUGGGACCACAGGGGAUGGCCAACAAGCCUGGCCUAUUUUUGUAUUUUUUGUAGAGACGAGGUCUUGCUAUGUUGCCCAGGAUAGUCUGGAACUCUAUUAUAAUCUUUGUCUUAAUUUCAUGGAGACGCCCCUGUGGUCACUGACUGGAGGAAGGAAAUAUACAUUUUAAAGGCCUUAAAUUUCCUAUAGAAGGGUCUAGAACGUACCGCGCUAUACCGAACAUAGUAGUAACACGACCGCUACGCUCCUGAGGAAACAAGGUCACGCCCCUCUGCGGGCUGCUUGAUCGGGUCUUUAAUUAAUCCCGCCGCCGCCUUUCCGCCUACCCCCGAGCGCGCACUUCCGGUCGCGAGGGCGCUCGGGAGCGCGCCCCGCGAGUCUCCACCAACCAGCGGCUCCGCCUGGCCAGACAGAGUGCGCGCGCGCACGUUGUGCGCAGGUUCGAAUCUCCGCCGCUUCGCGGUUGCUUCUCAACGUCCGGGCCGCAUCUCGGCGGCGGCGAGGGCUGAGCGCUGGAGCUGCCUCCGAGCCGGAGCCCCAGCCCUAGCUCCUGCGCGAGCCGCCCCGCCCUACCCCCUCCAGCUUCCUGUCGCCUCCUCGCCCGACUUCGGCCUGUCCCUCUCUCACGCGCUCAGUCCUCGCUCUUCGCCCCCGCAGCUAUCGGCACUCGGUCUCCCGCGCCUGGCGGGCUCCGCCCGAGCCUCUGGGCCCAUGGCCAAGCGGCGUGCGGCCGAGCCGGUGACGUUCCACGUGCCUUGGAAGCGGCUCCUGCUCUGCGACUUCGCUGAGCAGCCGCCGCCACCGCCUCUCUGGAUCCGGCCGCCCGGGGUCGCGCAUGCUGGGCAGCCCCUCGGCGUCCCAGAGCAGCACCGAAAGCGCAAAAUCGACGCAGGGACCAUGGCAGAGCCCUCGGCUUCGCCCAGCAAGCGCCGUGACAGCGGGGACAACAGCGCCCCGAGCGGCCAGGAGCGUGAGGACCACGGCCUGGAGACAGGCGAUCCGCCGCUGCCGCCGCCGCCCGUACUGCCGGAGUCGGGGGAGGAGCUCCCGGGCGCCCGGCCCCCGGGGGGCGGUGGCGACGACGGGGCGGGGCGCGCAGGACCCCCGCGGGGAGACUGGGGGGUCGCAUCGCGCCAGCACAAUGAAGAAUUUUGGCAGUAUAAUACCUUCCAGUACUGGAGGAAUCCUUUGCCUCCUAUUGAUCUGGCAGACAUUGAAGAUUUAAGUGAAGACACCCUGACAGAAGCAACACUUCAGGGCAGGAAUGAAGGGGCAGAGGUUGACAUGGAGUCCUGAUGUAAGGAGCCGAAGCAGUGGGAUUGGCUGAUUUGAGGAGAUGUCUCUAAGUGAAUUCUCGUAUUCUUAAGGGAAAAGUUAUUUUCCAUACUUGAAGUUAUAUUUCCAAACCUGAGAAAUGAAGAAAGAUUGUUCUGACAUUAAAUACCUACAGUUACUACUGAACCUCUUAAUAAGGAUUUGUCAAGGAUAGAGUACAGUUGUAGGGGAAGUAUUUUAUGUAUGCAUUCUUAGAGCAAAAAGUUUUGUUUAAAUUCUAGAAUUGAAGGUACUGAUCUUAUAAAAAGAAAUUCUAGCAGUUUUAGAAAUAGGUGGGAAAAACUCAAAUAUUCCUCCUAUCUGCACCAAAAAGUUUAUUUGUAGUACAUAAAAUGAAUAUUGUUUUAUAAUAACUGUUGUUAAUAAAGUACUUUCUAAUACGUUCUAUUGACUCUGUUAGUUGAACAAAUAGCUGACUUGAACAUCUAUGCAAACUUAAGAUGGGCGGGAUUGUUGUAAAAGCUAUUGUUUUAAAAGAGCUUUCUAAAUGUAAAGUAGUGAGAAUUUCAAUUUGGGUAGCGUGUUUGCAUAACUUCCAAUAUUUGAUGUUUGUUAAGCUCUACUAUGGGCAACUGAAGAUGGAUAAAGAACAAUGAAAACUGAGUCGGUGCCUGCUUCCUCCUGUUUUCCCAGGAUUAGAGGAAAAAAUUUAUUAUAUGAUCAGCUUCUUGGUUUUGAAUUGCUUCGAGGCAUGGUUUUAUUCCUUAUUACUUUAGACCUGUAGUUUUCAACACUGACAGCACUUUAAAAAUCUUUGCCUGGGCCUCACUCUUGAGAGAUUCUCAUUUAAUAGUUCUGAGGUGGGUCUUGGAUAUAACUAUUUUUUUAAACACCCGUCCUAUUUCCCUCCAUUCCUCUCAUGUGCAGACAGGGUUGAGAACCACUAGACUAAUGGUCGUUUUUCCUGUUUAAAGGAGAUAACUAAUUUGAGCUGAAGCAAUGCUUCUUACUUAGCUUUGUUUUUGUUUUGCUCUGUUGGUGGCUUUGUUACAACUGAAUUAUUGUGUUGUUACUAUUCCAUUGUUAAAGAAAUAAAGUAAGCAAUUUGUGAUGUGAGUAUCAGUGAUUAAGUUAACUAACUUUUGUACUGCAUCCAGAAUGUUGGUUUUGUAAUUGAAUAACUGGUUCUUGCUUGCAUUUUUUGUUGUUGAUGACAUUAGACCCAAAAUUCAAGACAAAUGGUAAAUGCCAUUGAGAGGGAAAGAGAAAAACUUGAUUAUUUUGUGUAAUGAAGGAUUUAAGAAUGGGUUGACAUUAAUAAGAAUGCUUUAGAACAGAAGAGAAACUGUAUAGCAUUGUGGUCAGACAUGGUUCAAAGUCUUGUACUGCCACUUCAUACCUAUGUAUCUUUAAGCCAGUUAUUUUUCAUCUCCAAGCCUCAAAUUUCUCACCUGUAAAAUGAGAAAUAAUAAAUAGUAUCUACCUCAGA